AUGAUCGAUAUAAGGUCACCUUUUGAUCGUUUACUUCACUGGGGCUACCGCCAUCGCACCAACGGCAACAAGUACUACGAUGAGGAACGCUUAAGCCAUGAGCCUCUUAUCACUCUGUUACGAAGAAACGAGGAACUCUUCAAGCCGCGAGUUACUCUUUCCGAACAAGAAGACCUGAAUAAUUUGCAAAAUUUUAAUGUGUCAGGCCACAUUCCGCGAAUACUCCACCAAACUGCUGCAACGAACAUAAUUCCUGGAAAGUGGGUUGAAUCACAAGAAAGCUGCAAAGAGGUCUAUGGGGAUUUCGAGUAUCAGCUAUGGACUGACGAGUCAACUCGCACCUUUCUCUCUGUCCACUAUCCUUGGUUUUUGGAUGUUUGGGAUAACUAUGCCUUUCCCAUCCAGCGCGCGGACUUUCUUCGCUACUUCAUCCUAUAUCACUAUGGCGGGAUAUACCUUGAUAUGGAUACUUGGUGCAACGAAAGCAUUCCUAUCGACAAGCUCGAGUCAGAUGCAGUUACUGAAUACGCACUCUUCAAAUCAACACUCCCGACAGGCGUCACAAAUGACUUCAUGAUAACAUCCGCCAGGCAUCCUGUCUAUGCAGCGGCUAUUGAAAAACUACCGAUAUACAAUUCUAUGACUCGGGCCUGGGCCCGGUGGCAACCGUACUCUGUCAUAAUGGUAUCUGCUGGACCAAUGUUCCUGACUAUGGUUGUUAAAGAUUACUUGCUUCAGCAGUCUUCUCUGCCUUUGCAAAAUCUCGGCAUUAUCAAUCAGACCGAGUUGAGUCCCUACAUCACCGAUUUAGAGAGUAGCAGUUGGCACCGAGCGGACGCGGGUGUUUUAAUGUGGCUUGGAAAUCGACCAUGGACUUGGUUCAAAAUCACAUCUCAAUCUCCUUAUACUUUCAAGUCGAUCAUAGCUGAUUCCGUUGGUCAAUUCAGCGGCAUCUUCAAGCUUCUGUGCUGGGCCUGGCAAGCCGACAAUGCUUUUCUUCGAAAGCACGGGCGUAUUUCUUAUGAGAGCUAUGAUAUCCUGGGAAGCGAAUUCUCAGCAUUCUCACAUUGGUCGCACGAUACAAUUCCAAUCACCUGUUAUUCGAACAGUGCCCGUGGACGUUGCAUUUCAUUGCAAUCGGCGAUCUCCUCAGGUUGUAUGAGCAUCGAAAUCAAUCUUUUCCCCGCUGAAAAUGAGCUUUUGAUUGGCCAAAAUCCUGAUUUGCUGUCACGAACAAGCAACCUUCGGGGUCUCUACAUUGACUAUCUACUGAGCACUAUUCGAAAGUAUGACAGCAGUCUGGAAAAUUCAACCUUUGAACGGCAUUCAUACAAAAACCAGGUUCCAGGAGUCUUUCCAGAUGACCCAACAAAAACCCUUGUGUUGCUGAUGCGUUUUGAUGCCGACCCGGAGCAGGUAUGGUCUCAACUCAUUCUACACCUUGAGCCUCUCCGAGAGGCCGGCUUUCUAACCCAUUUCAAUGGAUCAACGGUUUUGCAAGGUCCGGUCACAAUCGUUGCCACCGGCAAUGUGCCAUUUCAUCACAUCUUGGAAAUGAAUGCCACCAGAGACGUAUUCUUUGACGCUCCACUCUUGCAACUCGUGCCUUUAUCCGAUCAAGGUUUUCUGCAAAAUUCCGUCUAUAGUACCCAGAACAGCUACUAUGCCUCCGCCGACUUCCGCACAGCAAUAGGAAAUGUGGAUUUCAAUGGACUUUCGGACAAUCAGCUCUCCGAUGUUCGUCAACAGGUACAAAUGGCUCACAGACUUGGCCUUAAAGUCCGAUAUGUGGGUAUGCCAAAUUGGCCUCGCAAAUUGCGAAACUAUGUGUGGCGUAUACUCCUCCGCGAAGGAGUGGAUAUAAUCACGAGUGACUGA